AUGAUGGAAGACCUUCGUAUCACUGGCUACAACGCCUUGUUGACUCCUGCCUUCUUGCAAGAAGAGUUCCCUCCUUCUGAAAACUCUCAAAAGACAUCUACUGAAGCUCGUAACGAGUGCUCUCAAAUUCUCCACGGCAAGGAUGAUCGUCUCAUUGUCAUUGUGGGCCCUUGCUCCAUCCAUGAUACCGAAGCCGCCAAAGUCUAUUGUCAAAAACUAUUAAAGAUCAAGGAGAAGCACAUAGGUGAGCUUGUCAUCAUCAUGCGCUCUUACUUUGAGAAGCCCAGAACUACUGUUGGCUGGAAGGGUUUGAUCAAUGACCCCGAUAUCAACAACAGUUACGAUAUUAACAAGGGUCUCCGCGUUGGCCGUAAGUUGCUUUGUGAGCUUACUGAUAUGGGUAUGCCUGUUGCUGUCGAAUUGCUCGACACCAUCUCUCCUCAAUACCUUGCUGAUCUCAUGUCCUGGGGCGCCAUCGGUGCUCGUACUACUGAAUCCCAACUUCAUCGUGAACUCGCUUCCGGUGUCUCUUUCCCUGUUGGCUUCAAGAAUGGUACUGAUGGUAAUGUGCGUGUUGCCAUUGACGGUAUUGGAUCUGCUUCUGCCCCUCAUCAUUUCUUGGGAGUUACCAAGAACGGUACUGUCAGUAUCACACAUACUACUGGUAAUCCUGACUGUCAUGUCAUUUUACGUGGUUCCAAUGAUGGCCCCAACUACAGCAAAGAACAUGUUGACAAGGCCAGCGCUGCUUGUGAGAAGGCUGGUAUCAGAGCCAACAUCAUGAUUGACUGCUCUCACGGUAACUCCUCCAAGGAUCAUCGCAAUCAACCCAAGGUAUGCAAGGAUUUGGGUGAGCAGAUUGCUUCUGGUAAUAAAGCUCUUAUCGGCGUCAUGAUUGAAUCCAAUAUCAAUGAGGGUAAGCAAAGCGUUCCUGAGGCCGGCCCUGCUGCUUUAAAAUACGGUGUGUCCAUCACUGAUGCUUGUGUCGAUUUCGCUACUACUGAAGAAAUGUUGGAUGGUUUAGCUGCUUCUAUCAAGGCAAGACGUGCUCUUGGAAAUUAA